AUGUCUUCCUAUUCAUAUUCAUCGCUUCCGGCAAACGGCGAAAACAUUCGCCUGCUUCGACUGUUACCAAGUGAAGAUGAGGCUGCACCUUUACAUUGCGAGCUCCGAGAUUAUUCUCUACGAAGAUCAACUCCACGAACUCACUUGUACGAGGCUCUAUCUUAUGUAUGGGGUGAUCCAGACAACACUUUGCCAAUAUUUGUAGACAAGAGACAGUUUCAAGUCACAGUGAAUUUACAUGCUGCUCUGUUAUGUCUUCGAGAUCACUCCUUCGAAAGGGUUUUAUGGAUAGAUGCUAUUUGUAUUGACCAGAAUAACAAUGAAGAGAGAAAACAGCAAGUUCAGCUUAUGGCAAGGAUUUAUAACAGUGCGAGUCGCGUUGUAGUUUGGCUUGGAGAGGAGAUAGAAGAAAUAAAGGGAGCACUUGAGGACAUACAAGUAGCUUCUAAUGAAGAGCCAGGAAAAAACUCAAAGGAAGUGAUCAAGAAGGAAAACAUAAUCAAACUUCUUCAAAAUCCAUGGUUCCAACGUAUCUGGGUGCUUCAGGAAGUUGCCGCGGCUCAACAUAUCGUAAUUAUGUGUGGCUCGAUAACCAUUGCUGGAUCUGCAUUCUGCGCGGGAUUGAAGUCCCUAGAGCUCUACUAUACAGAUUCUCCAGAACAGCAGACUCUUCCUUCAGUUGUUGACAUAAUAGAGCGCGCUGGCCUCCAACCUAAAUUUAAAGCGAAUUCGCGAGAAAUGUUCUCCCUGAAGAUACGAUCUUUAGCUGAAUUGAUAGACAUGUUCCAUACUCGUCAAGCCACAGACCGUCGCGAUAAGGUUUAUGCUUUACUUGGUAUGAGCUCUGACGAUCCUGAAAAGACUGGCUUGCAACCCAGUUACGAGACUUCCUGGGAUAAGAUAUUUCGGCAAGUUGUCAAUUUUGUUCUCGGCAAAGAUAUACCCCUGAAGACUUCUAACCAGAGAGCGGUGUUUCAAUGCAAAGGCGUCAUUUUGGGCCAGGUAUCCUCGGUAGAAAGGAACAAUAACCAGCAUAUAAAAAUCGUAUCUGAAUUCCACUAUCGUGCCUUUGGCGACACAAAUAGAUGGACCCUUCAGGCUUCCGCGAUACCUAUCCAAAGGCAUGAUAUUAUCUGUCUUCUACAUGGAGCUUUAAAACCUUCGAUAAUCAGGAUAUGUAAGGAUCACUUUGCCGUUGUCGUGAUUGCAGCGACUCCUUUAAAUUCGAGAACUCAUUUCGACUGGCACCAAGUUUUUCAAUCAAAGACGAAGUCAUUGCGGAGUUUUUUAGUGGUGUGGGAUUGGGAGAGUUCCCAUAGAAAUUUGCAAGAUGAAGAAUACUAUACGACCUUGAAUACAUUCAGUCAAGCCUUGGGAAUUUCAAGAUUAGAGAACGGAAGAUUUUCAGAGAAAGAAACUAGAUUGUGGAAUGAUAUAGCGAUAUUGGAUGACUUGGGAGCAUCCGAAGAAGCAGAUGAGAGACUUAUAGCAGCACAAGAUGAGUACUAUUUGGCAGCAUUUGGUGAAAUGCCAUCUUCGUAUGAGUCGGUGGGUAAAUGCGGUCGGACAAUACUAGCAUUCGCUGCUGCGAAAGGGCAUGAAGAUAUAGUCAAGCUGCUACUAGAUACGAUUCAUCCAGAUGUAAAGGAUGGGCGCACUGGUCAAACACCACUAUGCCUUGCUGUUAAGAGUGGACAUGAAGCAGUUGUGAAAAUGCUACUCGCAACUGGCCAGGUUGAAAUUGACUUGAACGAUUGGCGGAAUUGGAAUUCUACGCUACUAUCGUUGGCUGUUGAAGAUGGGCACGAGGCUAUUGUGAAGCUAUUAUUAGCAACUUGCCCGUUAGGUGCUGAUUGGAAGGACUAUCAUCUGGAGAACUAUUAUCAACAGGAGCUGUUUUGGCAAGCUGCUGAGGAAGGACAUGAAAACAUUGUUAAGCUAUUAUUAGCAACUGGCCUGGUUGAUGCUGAUUCGAAGGACCACAAUCAAGAGACUGCUUUAUUUAAAGCUGCUAAGAAUGGACAUGAGUCUGUUGUGAAACUGUUAAUCGCGAUUGAUAAGGUUGAAAUUAACUCAAAGAGUUCGACGGGUGGAACACCGCUUUUCUGGGCUACUGUGAACAAGCAUGAGACUGUCGUAAAACUGCUACUCGCUGCUGGCCAGCGUCAAGCUGAGUCUGGGGAAUACAAAAUUGAGUCUGAUGUUGAGUCAUCAGAUACUUCGGUUUAUGAAUCAGAUUCAAGCGAACAAAAGUAG